CUACCGUGUGUGAUCUGCACACAUCUGUUUUUUUUUUGUUCAAACUUGAUUGCAAAUUCAAAUAAAAACAAUGCAAAUUUGUAUGAUAUCGUAGAAAUGAAUAUAAUUAUAUUUCUACAGCGAGUGUACGGUAGUUCAUAUCGAGGAAAUCCACUUUGUUAUAUCCUCGUCCUCUUAACAAAUCCAAUCCUGAAGAAAAGAUGAUGUUGCUGGCCAUACGAAGAAGAAGAAGAAGAAGAAGAAGAAGGAGCAGAGCAGAGCAGAGCAGAGCAGAGCGGAGCGUUACAACAAGCAACUUGUUUGUUUGCUAAUAUAAAAGUUUCGAUGAACCAACAAGAAGAAUGUUUGGUGACACCAGAUAAAAGAAGAAGGUCGCCAAGCAAUGUUAAACAAAUUUUGGAAUUAUGAAGUAUUACGAAAGUAUUUUAACACAAAAACGGAACCACCUCACGUCCAAUUGUUUUCCCAACCAAAAUGUCAAAUUCACGUAGCCAAUUGGUAUUUAUUAUAUCGUUGGUUGAUCUUCAUCGCCUGGAUCAGUAUUAUCUUCUGUUCGUUAUUUGAAUUUGGAAGUUACAAGCCUCAAUACAAUUGGGAAAAAUGGCCGAUAUAUUUGACCAACUGGGACUUGGCGUUGGGACUGACACAAUCAUUCCUAGGAGCAUUAAUAGUUUCCAAAAGAUGGAAAUUACAAAAGGAUUCAUCAUAUAACAUUAGUGAUAUGAAAUUGACCAUGUUGGAAAAAUCCUAUUGGAUUUUUUAUACGGUGACGUCUAGUUUAGCCAUCGGUGUGACUGUUACUUAUUGGACUGCAGUGUACAAUCCUAAAAUUAAUUACAUAGACCCAUUGAAUAUAAUGUUACACGUUUGUAACAGUAUUUUAAUGCUCAUAGAUUUGUCGAUCACGAGUGUACCAAUAUAUAUGAAAAAUGUAUGGUGGUGCCUUAUCGUCGUAUUAUUUUAUAUUAUAUUUUCAAUAAUAUAUUACGCGGCAGGUGGUCUUGAUAAAAAUGGUUAUCAUUAUAUUUACAAAAUUCUUAAUUGGGAGAAACCCAUUCAAACUUUAUUGAUAUGCGUUGGAUGUAUGGCAUUCAUCGUAUUAUUGCAUUUUCUCCUAUGUCUUUUUGAUAAAUUAAGAGACUGCUUGUACUUUAGAAUAACGAAGAAAAAUUAUCAUGUUCCUUCCAUUAAAACCGAUUACAAUGUUACAAAAAAAGAGGCAGAAAUUGUUUGAUCGGUGCUGAUACUUUGAUAAUAAGUAUUUUCAAUAUAUUAACAUUAAUAUAUAUAUAUAUAUAAAUAUAUACAUUUUUGAAAAGUGUUCAAAAACAUUCCAACUAUUAGAUUCAUUUCAAAUGUUCAUAGUCAAAUGUACGAAUUGUAAAUCAAAUAGAAUUAUUAUAGUACAUUAUGCAUUUAUCUUGCUAUUAUUGUUAUAUUUAAAAAUUAACAUAAGUUUCAUUCAUAGCAAUAUUAUUAAGAUUACGUCUCGAUAUUUUUCAAAUGAUAUUAGAAUAAUAUACAAGUAUUAUGUCACAUAAUAAGAUCAAUUCCAAUUGCGAAUGUUAGUUUGUAUGAUCCUUUUUUUUGUUUAAACCGAUCGUCCAAUAUCAUCUCAUGAAACAACAUUAUAAUCGGGUGAAUUUGAAAAUUAUUAUAUAUAUAUAUAUAAUUUAUUCGCGCACUCUUUCUUUCACUUUCAUCGACUCAUCAAUGCGUAUUAUUUGAUAACACAAUUUUGUAUACCUCACUUUAUGAUAAAUUUUUAGAUAUUUAGAAUUAUAUCUAUUUACUG